AUGCAGAGGCCAAUGAAGCGAGAAAAGUUGAGCCUUAGCACUCCUCUCUCCGAGGCAGAGUUGGAUACAGCUAUGUGUCUGAUGCUCAGGGCUGCCAAGAAUGGUCAGUCCCAUAUCCUCGACCGCAAGGUUCGUGACUACCAGGAUGUCAUGGCCGAGCUGGCAUGGGAGGGAAAAGAACCAACAGGUUCGAUGACGGAUGCUCCAAAGCGCCGCAUGGAGUAUGAGACGGACGCUGAAGGCUGGGACACGGUAGAUGCCGUCGAUGGUCGACAUGAGAUCCACAUGUGUGAGAAUUUCCAUGUUCCGCUGCCCAAGGAUUGCAAGUCCAUGAGCGAGUGGGGGAAAACCCGAAAUGAGAUGGAUCGAUUCAAGGCCAAGAAUUGGACCUACUCCGACAUGGUCGAUUUGGCUGUCCAGGACAAUGCUGCCGGACAGGAAGUGAAUCAGUACUUGAAGUGGAUCAAGAGCCGCUGUGGAACCGAAGGCGGCAAGAAGAUUCCGACCAAGAUCACUCAGGGCGUCGACCUUGCCAUGUUCUUGGAGCGCAUGG